CUCAAGCCACAGACUAGUGAGAAUACACGACGCUGGCAAUUUUAAUAUGCUCCUUCAUAGGGCAGAAACGUCUGUCUUCUAAGCUCCCUGGAACAACUGGGAUAUAGUUCCUCAUUUCAAUCAGGGAGUUUCUUCCUGAACCAAACUGCGAAAACAGAGUAUUUGAGUAGCACGUUUCACUUGCAGCGUUUGUUCAUUUUGGAGUGUUUUUGGACAGGAAAUUGAUCUACAGGGUAACAUUCACACAAGAAAGGAAACAGUAUGGGACGAUGGCUUGUUAGUACAAGUGACUCUGUUUUGGAAAUUACAGAUGAGAAACCUUGGUGGAAGAACGGCAUUAAAGAUCAAAAGCAUGAUGACUCCUGAUGAGAACAUCCCCAAAUGAUGAACCCGCAAGCAAAAAGGAACUUCUACUUGGCGGCACCUGACUUGCUGGACCCUAAAUCUGCCGCUCAGAACUCCAAACCGAGGCUCUCGUUUUCCACGAAACCCACAGUGCUUGCUUCCCGGGUGGAGAGUGACACGACCAUUAAUGUUAUGAAAUGGAAGACGGUCUCCACGAUUUUCCUGGUGGUUGUCCUCUAUCUGAUCAUCGGAGCCACCGUGUUCAAAGCAUUGGAGCAGCCUCAUGAGAUUUCACAGAGGACCACCAUUGUGAUCCAGAAGCAGACAUUCAUUUCCCAGCACUCCUGUGUCAAUUCGACCGAGCUGGACGAACUCAUCCAGCAAAUAGUGGCAGCAAUAAAUGCAGGGAUUAUACCUUUAGGAAACACCUCCAAUCAAAUCAGUCACUGGGAUUUGGGAAGUUCCUUCUUCUUUGCUGGCACUGUUAUAACAACUAUAGGAUUUGGAAAUAUCUCACCGCGCACAGAAGGGGGGAAAAUAUUCUGUAUCAUUUAUGCCUUACUGGGAAUUCCCCUCUUUGGUUUUUUGUUGGCUGGAGUUGGAGAUCAACUAGGGACCAUAUUCGGAAAAGGAAUUGCAAAAGUGGAAGAUACAUUUAUUAAGUGGAAUGUUAGUCAGACCAAGAUUCGCAUCAUCUCAACCAUCAUAUUUAUACUGUUCGGCUGUGUACUCUUUGUUGCUCUGCCUGCGAUCAUAUUCAAGCACAUAGAAGGCUGGACUGCCCUGGACGCCAUUUAUUUUGUGGUCAUCACUCUAACAACCAUUGGAUUUGGUGACUACGUAGCAGGUGGAUCGGAUAUCGAAUAUCUAGACUUCUACAAGCCUGUCGUGUGGUUUUGGAUCCUUGUAGGGCUCGCUUACUUUGCUGCUGUCCUGAGCAUGAUUGGGGACUGGCUCCGAGUGAUAUCAAAAAAGACAAAGGAAGAGGUGGGAGAGUUCAGAGCCCACGCCGCUGAGUGGACGGCAAACGUCACCGCCGAGUUCAAGGAGACCAGGAGGCGCCUGAGCGUGGAGAUCUACGACAAGUUCCAGCGCGCCACCUCCAUUAAGCGGAAGCUGUCGGCGGAACUCGCCGGGAACCACAACCAAGAGCUGACCCCGUGCAGGAGGACCCUGUCCGUGAAUCACCUGGCCAGCGAGAGGGACGUCCUGCCUCCCUUACUGAAAACUGAGAGUAUCUAUUUGAACGGAUUGACGCCCCACUGUGCAGGCGAGGAGAUUGCGGUGAUCGAGAACAUUAAAUAGCCCUCUCUUUGAAGAGCCUUAGGCGUAGCCAUAGGUGAGGACUUCUGUAUGCUCUUUAAUGACUGUUGCUGGUAGCAUUUUUUAAAUUGUGCAUGAGCUCCAAAGGGGGAAACAAAAUAGAUAACACCCAUCAUGGUCAUCAACCAUCAAGAGAAUUUGGAAUCCUGAGCCAGCACUAUCUUUUUGAUGACGCUUGUUGAACGGUCCACGUUCUUAGACAAGUGGAAUAAAACAAGCAAUGUCUGAUGCCUUUCUGUGCCCAGACUGUUUUCCUCCCUCUUUUCCUAAUGUGCCAUAAGGCCUCAGAAUGAAUUAUAAUUGUUUCUGGUAAUAAUGUAGCUUUGAGGGAUCAGUCCUUAACUUUUCAGGGUCUACCUAACUGAGCCUAGAUAUGGACCAUUUAUGGAUGACAACAUUUCUUUUUGUAAAUGGCAAGAGAUUCUUAUGCAGCCUUUUACCUAAGAAAUUUUCUGUCAGUGCCUUAUCUUACGAAGAAACAGAACCCCUCUAGCUAAUGUAUGGUUUCUCCUUCCCCGCCCUACCCCUAGGCUCACCUCUGCAGCCCUUUAUCCCACAACUCCCGUUUGAAUACCAUACCUUGCUGGAAACAGUGUGUAAAAUGAAGUGAUGAUGCCCGAAGAAGGAAUAGAUGCCACAUUAGAUGGACAUUGAAGCAACACUCAGAAAUUCUAGCGUUAAAGGCACUGCAAAGAAAUGAGGUGCACAGAUGGUCCCUCUGAGUAGUAUUUAUUUGACUCAGGUACCAGUGGUACAUACACACAGUGUAAUUAUUUCCAGGCCGGUAAAAUUGGCGGCUCCAAAACAGUCCCUUUUUUCCUGGCAGUAUUUGGAAUUUAUCAUUUAAUAACUACAUUUUUUAAAGGUGGAAGAAAAAAAUAUAUAUAUAUAUAUGAUCUGAUAGGAGAAAGCUGUCAGACAUGGAUAGUAUUGGAGGUGAUUUAAGACAAUUGGUGUGAAAGAAGAUAGCACGAUAAUGUGUUACGAGGCAUUUGCUAAUAAACAUUAUACUGCCAGCACCUAUUUGCUUUUUGACGUGGAAGGCUUACACGAUUUUCUUUCCCUGGGUGACUUUCUCCAGACAGGGGAGGUGACGCUGUAGCUGGAGUUGGGCACAGCCUAGCCUUGUGUGGGUGUCCCUCUGGAGCUGCGACUGAGUUUGAGAGAAGUGGAAACUGGGAUCACUGUGAUAUAUUGCACAUGGAAAAAAAUGCAGAUUGCAGGCAUAAUUCAUCUUUGACAUUAGAGAAAAGCUGUUAUAGCACAAUUUAAAUCUUGGGAGCUUUUUUUUUUUUUAGAUAGAAAAUGCUGAUAACCCUUUUUAGUUGAAUUUUAUAUCCUGUAACUCUUUGGAUGUUUCCAAGAUUCAGAAAAAACUCAUUACAGGCACCUAGUAGAUUGCUACUCUCGUUUAUUUUCAUACUUAGAUCUGCUGUACAUUGUAUAUAUAAUUUUUAAAAUGCAGAAAGAUGAUUUCCCCAAAUACAAUUACAAAACAUUUCUUUUAUUCUGGGGAGUGACAGUGGUGGAAAUAUCUGAAUAAGUAGCAUUCAGAUUAGGGUGUUAAAAAAUAAACAGGAUCUUUAAAAAAAAAAAACAUCUAAAUAGAUGCUUAUUUUCCAAAAUUUAAAUUUAAGCUAGACAUGUAAAUAUUAUGUAAACUUGUUGAAGGUACUUUUAUAAACUUAAAAAAUUCUAACCAAAAUUUUAGAAAGUCAGGCUCUUUUAGAAAGAAAGCUACACUCAUCUCCUCAAUAACUGUUCUGAAAGUUCAUAUGGUGGAAUGCACCAUGUAUAAACUGUGAAUUGUAUUGACAAAUAAAGUUUGUAAUUAAAGUCA